GCCAAGCAAGUGCGGUUGUCCUACGAGAGGCUGCGUAUAAGAAUUCUUGAGUGAGGUUGCAAACUUCAAGCUAGAUGCAUUUUCGUGUUGUUUAAGAGUUCAGUUAAAUCUGAAAUUUUAUCAUCACUCGUGUAUGUUCCACUGGCGGUGUCUUACUGGAUAUUAAACACAAGAUAUAAUAAAUUCAAGCCGUCUCAAUCCCUGGUCCACCAUCCGGCGAGUUUCUUUACACUUUACAGCGCAGGUCCCGCAGCGAGCACUAUUGGUUCCCGCGCUCCUCCUGAAAUGGGUACCAUGAGCGAGGUUGUGGGGGUCGUGGCUCCCUUCGACAAGCGCCCUUCCUCCCCAGCAGCCUCCCCUUCCCCCUCCAAGACCCCCAAAGCUUCCCCACUGGCCCAGCCACUCCCCACUGAACAGCCUCCUUCCGAUAGGAUCCGCCCCAACAUCGAACCUCAAAACAAGGAGGGCGCGGUGAGCGCUGAAGACGGUGAAGACAGCGGCCACGGUUCUGUGGAGAGCUACGGACCACACCUGAGACUCAUCACCGCCAACAGACAAGUCAAGGAACUGCAGACCAUCUUAAGGGACAAAAACACAUCUCGAAGCGACUUCAAAUUCUACGCAGACAGAUUAAUUCGCCUUGUGAUCGAGGAGGGCCUGAACCAGCUGCCCUAUGGGGAGUGCACCAUCGUCACCCCCACAGGCUGCCAGUACCAGGGCCUGCAGUUCACUAAAGGCAACUGCGGCGUCUCCAUCGUACGCUCCGGGGAGGCCAUGGAGCAUGGUCUACGACUAUGCUGCCGCAGUAUCAGGAUCGGCAAGAUCCUGGUGGAGUCUGACGCCGACACCCACGAGGCGCGGGUGGUCUACGCUAAAUUCCCUGACGACAUCAGCCAGAGGAAAGUCCUCCUCAUGUACCCCAUCAUGAGCUCGGGGAACACGGUGGUGAAGUCUAUGCGUGUGCUGAAGGAACACGAGGUAGAGGAGCACAACGUCAUCCUGCUGAACCUCUUCUCGACUCCUUCUGCUGCACGCACGCUCACAACCGCCUUCCCUCAGAUGAGAAUCCUGACUUCGGAAGUACACGCCGUGGCACCCAAUCAUUUUGGUCAGAAGUAUUUCGGCACCGACUAGAGGCUCGGAGCUGGACAAUCUCGUGUGCAAUCUAUUAAAUCUUCUCCUUCUUUAAAUCCAAUCUUUCUGUUCACGCGCAUAUUCAUCAGACGGUUCGUCUUGCGGGGCAAUGCAAGCUGUGGAUUAUUUGUCGAUUGUUGUAUUGCAGCUGAGCGUUAAAUGGUAGAUCUGGAAGAAUAGAUUCAGUUAAGUGGUAAUUAGUAUCUAAUUUUGUUUAAACAUCAACGCUGAACAAUUUGCUGACAAUUUUUUACAAUAUGAAGACUGAGCGCCCUAGAUAUUAACAGAUCCCGCCAGUUUUCAAAGAGGAUCUUGUUUAUUCAAGAAAUUGUUCAUAAUUAUUCUCUGCGACCUACGUUCCGAUAAGUAGUAGGUCUUGAGAUGCAUCCUGUGCUUAUGACUCGGCUUGCCAAUUUUCAUUACUCAAGUGUAAAAAAUGUUCACAUUGUAGGUUGCUCCUACAUCUUAAGGUUUUGUAUUUAUUUGUUAUUUUUUAAUUAUUUACGAACCUUUUGCUUGUCCUUUGCUUUAUGAGAAAGAUUGACGAGCGGUAUGACUUACCAGGCGUCUGAUGUUGAAAAUACGUUGAUUUCAACGAAAUCAACUCGUAAUCUACGUUUUUCCAGCGUCAUUUGCCUGCAGGGGAGGAAUUGAUGAGCGAUAUAUAGGUGGUUCGAAAAGGCAUCUGCAGAGUUGCAUGCAUUUCGAAAGCUCCUUUGUGUUACGCAUUCGAAGGGCUUCUAGCAAAUCAGCAAUUAGGCAAUGAUUUAUUCUCUUUCAAUUACAAUGGAGCAAUAAGCUGGUGUAUUGUAUAGCUUUUUUUAACACCGUUGAACGUCAGCUAACAACGCUACCCUGUUGUCAGAGCCAUCGUUGGCGCCAUAAAUGAGCAUCUCAAAUGCUUAUUUAUUUAUUGAGUGAUGCAGCGGCGCUCGCCAGGGCUGCCAAUUUAUGACCGCUGUAUUUUGAACUGUACAAUUGCUCUGAGGUGUUCCUUCGGUAGUCGAUGUUUGGAAUUGUAAUUGAUGAAUUUCGACGUAGACAAUUGUUUGUCUUUGCGCUUCCACGGGAACAUGUGGCAAUUUCGUUAUAUAAUCAAUGCAAUUUUCGUUCCGUGCUUCUGGUGGGGUACUUGGGUUGUACUUAACGCUCCCAGUCAUUAUUGUUAAUAUAUCUAUGGAUUCUGAUGUUAUUUUAAUGAUCGUUAAAUUUUUAUUGGUCUUGUUUGUUUGGUAAAGUUUGCCGCAUCCUGGACUUGAAAUUAAUUUUUUUUACCUGUUUUAAAAAUUUUCACUAGAAACUCGUACAUUUGAUAUGCCAGUGUUCUAGUGAAGCCGCCAUUGCCAGACAAAAUCAGAUUGUACAUAAAAGGAAAUAAGGCUUCCAUGACGAAAUUUCAAUUUCGUUUUCCAAAGUUGCAAUCCACAACUGGCAGUUUAAUAUCAAUAAAGAACAUGCAACGUUGUUCCAGCCGUGAAGAUUUUGUGCUUAGACUGCAGUAUUUUCUUGCCACGUUAUUCUUGUCAUCACUUUUCUCUGCUACGGCGAGGAAAUAUUUAUUUGUGAACUUAAUUUUAAGUUUUUAUAACUUUACCUCUCAGUUAUUCUUGAAUUCCAUGUCUGGACGUAACGACUUGAUAAAUCAUUGAGGUUUGCACUGUUGAACAUGUCGCCUGGUAUUGUCGUGCGUGCACUUACUAGGUAUGGUGUAUCUAAGUCAUUCUUUUUAUUCGAGACUUUCUCUCUUCUCUUUCUUUAAACGAGGCCCUUCAGAUGGUCGUGUACGAAUCUUUUUCGUGGUUGUGGUAGCGUGUAGUUGGUUAGCAAAGUGGCUGACUGAUUUUGAAUGCGUUGCAUAAUAAUGUCGGCUUCUAGAUUCUAGAAAAUAAUUUUGUCCCGAAGUAGCGUGCAGGUUUUGUAGCCUUACGGCCAUUAACUUGAAAGAAGAACUUCAGUACGAACACCUCUAGUUGCUCUUUGUGGUGCUGAAUGCCAUCUCAUACAUGUAUCUAUUCCUUUGAAUGCUUAGUGCAAAUGUUUUUUUUAUGACUGUUUGCUGCAAUCGUCAUUUUCAUUAGCUGAUAAUCUCGAGUUAAAUAGUGUUUCUUCUGAGCUAUUUAUCAUUCUGGCACUUUUGCCAGAAAGUAACACCCAUUUUUCUACCUAAUCGUUUACUACGGGAAUAGUGGAGAUUGUGUUCAUUUAUCUAUUCUAAUUCCGAUUCUCAUUUGUACGUUCGCCACAGUUAGGACCACUUAUUCCAUUCAAUUUUCAUAUGUUGUGGACGUAGAAAUUAACGAGCUUCCCUGUUUGGGGGAAUCGUUGGUGGUUAGUCAAUCUCAAGUUAUCGUUUUGUUUGCUUUAGUCAAUCUCAAGUUAUCGUUUUGUGUGCACGCUUUUUCCUCUCGUCUUUUCUUGCGUAUUUUGUACGCAGCAGACUCCACUUGAAUGAAUUACUGCUCCGUAUUUCGUUAUGUUUCUCUUACUAACGAUCAUUUUACGGUUACAGUUCGCAGUUACUUCCGGGCGAAAAUUGAGACCGGGAAUCUUCUAUGUAUGAUCUGAAUGUCUUAGUUCCUAUUGCAUACACUCAGUGAACUCCUUGAAAUUGAAGGAUUUUCCACUCGAUGCGGCCAUGUUUUUCUAUUUGUGUUUAUAUCUUGAUGAAGACACUACCAUUGUGACUUUCAUGAUGUUCAAAUGUUUUCCGAACUCUGGACAUUGAUUUUGAGUUGACUUGUCUCUUCCACUGACGACGUAUUCUUUUUUUAUGACGACUUUACAAUUUUGGGGUUUCGUAAUUAAACUUGUUGUGCCUAAUGCAUUGCACAGACAUCUAUGAUCAUUCUAUGGUCUUAAUUAUCAUGAAAUUUUUUGCCAAUAACUCAAUUCAUUUAAUCGUACGCCUGAUACUUGCAUUUAUUGUUAUUUUAUCUUUCACUACUACUGUUAGUACGUGUCUACUCUACGAUUGAUUUCACGUAUUCAUGCGCAGUAUUUUUUACCUCAAACUAUUGAACUGGAAUGGAUGUUAAGAAUAACCUGAAUAGGAAUGCCCGAGUCAUCGCUUCCUUUUCGUAUUUACUCGUGCAAAAAAUGAUGCUUCCGAUUUAACAGGUGCAUAAUUACGAGAAAAAUUAUCCGGGCUAGUUUAAGUAAAGUAACUGCUAGCAAUACUCAACGUCUUUGAAGUUGCAUCUCUGAAUAUACAUUAGAUUCAGAGAGGUUACACCAUUAAAACUAAACAGCCAACGCGUGCUUAGUCGCUGAGCAGCUGAUUAUAGGCUUUAUAGCAUUACGCCGCAUGAAACUCCAACUCUAAGGGAUAAUAGAGCUCCACCACGAGAUUCUAGUGAUCUUAAAAUGUUUAAGUUGGGAUUGGCCGGGUUCACACCAUACAGCCGGGCGCGUGCCAGUAAAUGUCUAGUCCAAUAUUCUUUACUGCAUUUCCAUAGAAUCAUUAACGCGAUGGGCAUGGCAGGUGCCUUGCACGGCUGGUGUGAAUCCUUACAUGGAAAUGCAUUAAAGAAUGUUGGACUGGACCAUGACUGGCAUAUGCCCGAUAAGUAUGGUGUGGACCCGGCCUUAUUCCACAUGGAAUGGCGUGAGUAACUUAAAACGCAACCCCAUACGUAGAUGAAUGUACUCGAUCUUAAUUUUAGUGAUGAUUUUUUUUCAUAAGUCUCAAUGUUGUUCGUUACUAAACAAUGUGUUCUAAAAUAUUCGUUUUCGUCCAUGCCAGUGUCAGAUGAAUCAGUAAAACCGGUAAGUCA